CUGGGCCGGGCCGAGCCGGACCGGACCGACCGUCGUUUAGCUCUGUAACCUUGACAAGACGCGUCUUUACUACCAAGCUUCCUCAUUGGUUGAACCUGAGGGUGAUUAUCGGCGCUACCAAUCAGGUAGCCGGAUGCUUCAGGGUCGGGGUCCUGCGCCUCGCACCCAGCCCCCCAUCCCCGACCCUUCUGUACCCUCCGCAGGAUGUCUGGCUCCAUAGUGAGAGCAUCCAUCAGAGCCGUCGGUGCCAGGAGACGCCUGGUCCCCACCAGAGCAGCGCUGACGCUGACCCCUCUGGCUGUUAAUAAAAUUAAACAACUGCUUCGGGAAAAGCCUGAAUAUAUUGGGUUGAAGAUUGGAGUUCGAACCAGAGGGUGCAAUGGUCUGUCUUAUACUUUGGAAUACACAAAGGAGAAAAGGGAUUCAGAUGAAGAAGUAAUUCAGGAUGGUGUUCGAAUAUUCAUUGAAAAGAAAGCACAAUUGACACUUCUAGGAACAGAAAUGGACUAUUCUGAAAAUAAACUUACAAGUGAAUUCGUCUUUCACAAUCCCAACAUCAAAGGAACCUGUGGCUGUGGAGAAAGUUUUCAUGUUUAACAGAAACCAACAAUGUAUCUUGAACACUAUUGUGGGCAUUGUAGUGUGGUGAGGCACUGAUAUCCCAUUUUAGGCCAUUGAGUGUAGCUGAAUCUUUAUUUUAAUUUCAUGGGAGAAGAAACUGAAUUGCAUCCCUGUUGGUAUUUAGCCACUAACAAUGGAUCUUUCUCCUGAUGGGAAAUUUUGCACAAGAAUUUAUUGUGUUGAAUAAGAUGCUUAUUUUUUUUUGUUCAAUUGUCAAGCAGUGGAUAAUGCUAAGUUUAUGAAUUGUGAACUUGUGCCUGGAUCAGAUAAAUACACCCGCUUCUCAUUUGAAAAAAUUCUUGCAUUUAGUAUUUUCAAAUACACUGUGUCAAAGUCAGAUUUUUUGGAAACAUAGAAUUGGUUUAUCACUUCAGUUUUAUUGAUGUUGGAUCCUGAAUUAUUUACGGGCUGCCACUAGCACCACUUUGCUAUUUGGCUUUCAAGCUCCACAAAGUCAAUUUUUUUUUUAAAAAGGAGCUUUUUUUGGUGACAAAGCCUAAAGUUCAAUUUUUUUUGAAGAUAUUGCUACAAAAGUCUCUAGACUGUUAAUGCCAAUUGGGGAUUUUGUCCUCCACCACCAACUACUAAAAAUGUGCAUGAAGAAAAAGUUGACAUUGGAAUCCAAAUGGAGCAUCUAUGUUUUACCCUGCCCGCACGACAUCACCACCAAAACGAAAUGCGAAGAUUGUUCCUAGAACAUGUCAGAAUUGUUCAGAACCAAACCAUUUCAGUUUUUUUAAUCAGGUAAAAAUGCACUUGAGAUGUAAAUGAUGCAGUAAGACUAGCUGCUUGGUUAUUUAUACCUCAUGACCAAGAAGGUCAUAAAUUGUGUUCUCCCAAGUACAGGACUGUAAAUCCAUGGGGAUUUGCAAUGUAUUUUCUCUUUAAUACAUCAAGAAUCUAGGUGCACAGCUUUUAAUUGCUGUUUGGCUCCAGUGUAGCUGUAGCUUGAAUAUUAAUUAUUAAGCUAAUUUUAAUUAUUUAGAUAUACUUUCAAUAACUAUGUGUAUAAAGUGUAUUUUAAAGAGUCGGAGAUUUAAUCAUUUUAUACCUUUAUGCGCACAUUAUAAUUUUUGAUCUGAGUUUCUGUACUGUGUCGAUUCAGAUUUUCUUUUAUCUACCAAUUUGCAUUUUCUUAAAUGUAAGUCUUGUGUUGGAAUCAUUGUGUAUGUGUAACAUCUCAAGUUUAGUGAAGAUCUGACUGACUGAUGGGGCAGGAGGAAAUUGUCAGUGUUGGUACACUAAAACAAAUUUUCCAUUAAUUUGGGUUAACUCUCUUAGAUGUGUGCUCAUAAUAUGGAACUCAUCAGUUAAGUUGCUACUAACUCAUAUUAUAUUUAAUGUUUUGAUUGUUGCAAUCUGGCCCAUUUUCAUUGGAGAACAGAUUCUGUAACAUCAUAAAUCAGUUUCUGCAUGUACAUUUGUUUUAAAGGGUUUUUCAUGUGAAUUUUAUUUAUGGCUCCUGGCCUUUUACUUAUUGGAAAGAUCUGGAGAGGCAAGGUUAUUUUUGUAGACUGAGUAUGCAAUCUGCUCUCAGAUAGAAAGAUAGGCAGUGGUAAUCAUUUAUGUUGCCGGCAUGCACAAGCAAUAAGGGUAUCUCUCUGCAGCAUGAUCUUCCCUGCAUGCAGAAAGUAACAUCUGAUGUGGUAGCUGAACCAUAACCUGGAACUGAGAAACCCGAAGGCUGAUUAGAAAUCAUAUUGAAACUGCCAACGUUCAUUUUCUCAGGUGGUGCCUCAGAAUUGAGGAUGACUAACUUCCACUCAGUUCUUUGGAUUCUGGAGUGGUUGAUAAAGCCAUCGUGGGAUCUGCAGACUCUUUCACAGAUGGGACAGGAGGUGGUGGUGGGGGUGGGUAAUGGAUUGAGUGGUAGUUUGAGUUGGUGUACUGAUUCCACCACCUAUACUGACCCUCUAUGAGAACUGAUGCAUGGACUCCAGGAUCUCAGUGCCAUUAGGAAUGCUCCUUCUGACCUUUGAGCGGUCAUGGUGGGCCAGGGAUUCCCAGGAGUCAGUGACGUUAUUGUACAUUUUUCCAAGCAAGUUUUGAGGAAAUGCUUCAAUGCAUUCCUCUAUAUUCCUGGUAAUCUGUUCCUGUGCCAGAGAUUUCUCCUUGGGAAUCUGGUGUCAAGCAUGCAAGUGAUUAUAACCUGCAAAAUGGAGGUGACUAAGUAUAAUUAGAGCCUUGAUCCUGGGUCUGUUUCCCUGGGAGAGGACACUAACAUUGUUUCACUGAUCUUGCCAGUGGAUGUGGAGAAUUUUGUAGAGGAAGCACUGGUGGUGUAUCUCCAGUGCCUUGAGAUGACUGCUUUUGCCAAUCCAAGUCUCAGGAACAUAUAGGAGGGCAGGAAUCACUGCUGCUGGCAGACUGUGUGAAUUGUGCUGGGCUUGAAGUCUUGAUGUUCAAACAUCCUUUUUCACUGAAACAAAUUGUUAUGACUUGAUAAAUUAAAGAAUCAAGUUUUUCAGAAGUGUUAAAUAAUAUGAAAAUGCCAUGAUCAAAGGAUUCUCAAUAAGCUAUUUGAAUAUCUUCAGUGAGGUACUGGAUCAGCCAGAAAUUCCAGGACUAAGCAAAAAUGUUUAUAAAGUACAUUUGUAGAAAUAGUUGAUUCACCAAAAUGGUUGACAGAGUGUACAGGUUAGUAAAACAGGAGAUAAUACUGGAAGCAGAUCAAUACAGAACUUUAAUAAAGUGAUCUAUAUAUAAGUAUGUAGGAUAGAGGAGGUAAAAGCCCCAAACUCAUAAAAUCAUACAAAUUAUAGAAUUAAACCAUUUGGCUCUUUACAGCUGGCCCAGUGCUUUGGAAGGAACAGUCUGCAGGAGUGACUCUGAGCUCUGAUUGCCUGCCACUUUAAUUCACCAUUCCAAUCUGACCUUUCUGUCUGUAGUCUCCUGCACUUUUACAACAAGAGCCAUUGCAAGCUUAAGGAGCAAUACCUCGUUUUCUAUUUGGACACGUUGCAGCCUUCAGAACUCUCGACUGAAUUCUCCAACUUUAGGUAAUUCACUGUCUGUCUGCAUCAUAGCUGACCAUUUCUGCCGGUUGUUGUUUUGACUCCGUUUUUCUCUUUCUAUUGCUAUAGUCUGGCCUGUUGGCUGUGUCCCACAGCCUUGCCAUUAGCAACACAACACAGACAAAGAAGCAGUUAACUACCACAAUAACUCAUUUGGUCUUGUCCUGUCAAAGAUUUUCCAUUUGUUCUACCCAUCCUUCCCCACUUUCUCUGCUUGUGAAAACUGUUUUCUCUCCCAGGUCUGACAAAGAGUCCCAGACCUGAAUCGUGAACUGUUUCUCAUUUCACAAAUGUUGUCUGACCUGUUGAAUAUUUGCAAUAUUUUCUAUUUUUGCUUUCAAACUGCCAGCAUCUGUAGUUUUUUAAAAAAUUUUUAUUUACUGAGACAUGCAAUGGAUAGAAUGCCCUCUGUGGGCUGAAUGACCUCCUUUGCUAUUGUACAAAGUGAGAUUUUCUUUUAAAAGCCUUCAUCAAAAUUGAUUUUUUACUUUGUUUCACAGAUAAAUUGGAGGAUUGUAAGUCUGGAAAAUUGUUUAUAACUUUGUUAUUAAUGGCAUACAAUGUAAUGUUUUCUGAAAGGAACUGAAACCAACUUAUAAAUUAAAAGAUAGACAUUGUGAAAUGCUAAUAAGGAAAUGUAUUUAAUAUGUUUACAAUAAGGCAUCAUUCUUCUAAAUUUGAUCCUUUUGGAAGAAUUGUUUUCAUUUUCCUGGAAGUAUGUCUCAUCCUCACUAGAUCAACUAUUACUUCACCUCAUCGUCUCCUCAAGCCCCUCAGUUAUAGCCUCCAGUUUUCCCUCUUUGCUUCAUAUUCUUAAUCUGAACCGAAUAAAAAGAGGUGAUAAAGUUGGAAUACAGACAAACCAUAAGCAUUUAAAUGUAGGCCUUUGUGGCAGUUUUUUUUUAUAAAGUUAAUUAUUUUGAGAUGACUGUCUAGUUUUUGUCUUUGUAAUGUGAACCACUUAGUAAAGUUGCAUCCAAGUAUUAAAAAUGUUUAUUAACCUCUUA